UACAUGCCAUGGGACAUAGCAGUGACAAAAAGUGGAGAUCUAGUUUAUACUGAUUACAGAGAUAGAACUGUGAACAUUGUGAAGAAUGAGAAGAUAGAGGAGGUGAUCAGACUACAGAACUGGAGACCUCGUAGUGUCUGUAGUACCUCCUCUGGUGACCUCCUGGUUAUCAUGUACAGUGAUGACAACACACAAACAAAAGUUGUCCGUUUCUCUGGCUCCAGAGAGAAACAAACCAUUCAGUUUGACAAUAAACGUAAACUUUUCUUUUCUUCUAGUUGGUAUAACAUAUACAUUAAUGAGAACAAGAACCUGGACAUCUGUGUGUCUGACUGGGGAGCUAAAGCUGUAGGGGUGGUCAAUCAUGCCGGGAAACUGAGAUUCAGGUACACUGGACAUACUCCUGCUCCAAAGAACAAACCAUUCAGUCCACGAGGAAUCACCACAGACAGUCAGAGUCGCAUCCUUACAGCUGAUGAUAAAAAUCACUGUAUCCACAUCAUAGACCAGGAUGGACAAUUCCUCCGUUACAUAGACUGUGGACUGAGUGAUCCCCGGGGACUGUGUACAGAUACAAAUGACAAUCUGUUUGUUGCUCAGUAUGGAAACAGACAAGUAAAGAAAGUCAAAUAUUUGCAGUGAAAUACAUCACUGUGUCGUAUGC